AAGACGUGUUCAGAGAGAGUUCAGAUCUUCUCUCUCCCAAAAUACUCCUCAGAUAACGACUUUCCAUUGCUUUCACAGCCUCUUGUUUCACCACGACACAAUCCCAUUUCCUUUUUUUUCUUCUCCUCCAAUUUUAAUUCCCUAAAAAUAAAAAUCUCCACUUGAAUCUUAAUUUCCUAUAUUAGCAGCCUCUAUCCCUAGCCUCAUAUCAUUACUGUUCUCACUUCCCGUAAUAUCUUAAAUACUUUUCAAGAAUCUUGAUUUUUUCUGCUUCAAUCAAUGGCAUUCUGAUCUGAGUAUUUUUCUGUUCAGGAUGCAAGUGAAACUACUAAAGAUGGAACCUUUAUGCAAUUCCUGUGGCAGCAUCUCCACUUUAGCUCCAAGCUGCCUCACUCUCCGCUUCUAUAAAAAAAGAUCCAAUCUUUCUUCUUUCUUUGGCUCUGUUAAUCUUUCCAACCCCCAAAAACGCAUCUUUCUUGAUUCCUCCAUAUCUUUCCCUAAUUACAAUAUUCAAGCCAGCUCAAGUAGUACUACUGGAACUAAGUCCCUCAGUCCCAGAAGAAGAAAACCCAAGAAUGUUAAAACUACUGAGAUUCCUGCAGUUACAUCAAAAGGGUCAUUGGGAAAAAAGACAGAGAAAAUACAAGAAUGUUCACCAGAGGAGAGAGAUAGUGGGCCGGUUGACGUGCGAGCAUUGAAUGAAAAUGGUGACCCAAUGGGGCGCAAAGAUUUGGGUAAGUGUGUAGUGAGGUGGAUAUCACAAGGGAUGAAAGCUAUGGCUACAGAUUUUGCUACAGCAGAGAUGCAGGGAGAGUUUAUUGAGGUUAAACAGAGAAUGGAACCAGGAUUGACUUUUGUUAUUCAAGCUCAGCCUUAUCUUAAUGCCAUACCUAUGCCUCUUGGCCUUGAAGCUAUUUGUUUGAAGGCCUGCACUCAUUAUCCUACCCUCUUCGACAACUUCCAGCGCGAGCUAAGGGACGUUCUUCAGGACCUUCAGCGCAAGUCCGUGGUCCAAGAUUGGCGCGAUACUGAGUCUUGGAAGCUUCUCAAGGAUCUUGCUAGUUCAGCUCAGCAUAAAGCCAUUGCAAGGAAGACUUCUCAACCAAAAUUUGUUCCUGGUGUAAUGGGAAUGGACCUCGAGAAAGCCAAAGCCAUGCAGAGUAGGAUUGAUGAUUUCACCAACCGGAUGUCAGAUUUGCUUCGUAUCGAAAGGGAUUCUGAGUUGGAGUUCACUCAGGAGGAGUUGAAUGCUGUCCCUGCACCUGUCUUAAAUUCCGAGGAACAGAAACCAUUUGAAUUCUUGGUUAGCCAUGCUCAGCCCGAGCAGGAACUCUGUGAUACUAUCUGCAAUCUGACAGCAGUUAGCACGUCUAUAGGAUUAGGUGGAAUGCAUUUAGUGUUGUUCAAAUUGGAGGGAAAUCACAGAUUGCCUCCAACUAACCUCUCACCUGGGGACAUGGUUUGUGUCAGAACAUGUGAUAGUAGAGGCGCUGGUGCAACUUCUUGCAUGCAAGGAUUUGUGCAUAAUCUAGGGGAGGAUGGACGUAGCAUCAGUUUGGCUCUUGAGUCGCUUCAUGGAGAUUCUACCUUUUCCAAGCUCUUUGGAAAAAAUGUGCGCAUUGAUCGCAUUCAAGGAUUGGCUGAUGCACUCACAUAUGAGCGCAAUUGUGAAGCCUUAAUGAUGCUUCAGAAGAAAGGCUUCCUGAAGAAAAAUCCUUCAGUAGCUGUGGUAGCUACACUUUUUGGAGAUAAAGAAGACCUUGCGUGGCUCGAGGAUAAUGGCAUGGCAGAUUGGUCUGAAGUGGAACUUCCUAAUUCCACAGACAGAAAAUCAUUUGACGCUUCCCAGAGAAAAGCAAUUGCAUUAGGUUUAAACAAGAAUCGACCUAUCAUGAUAAUUCAAGGGCCUCCUGGCACAGGGAAGACCGGUAUGCUGAAGGAAUUGAUUUCUCUAGCUGUUAAACAAGGUGAAAGGGUGCUUGUAACUGCACCUACGAAUGCAGCUGUCGACAACAUGGUUGAAAAGUUGUCUGAUAUCGGACUCAACAUUGUUCGCGUUGGAAAUCCUGCACGUAUAUCCCCUGCUGUAGCUUCAAAAUCUUUGGCUGAAAUUGUGAAUAUCGAGCUGGCUGAUUUCCGAGCAGAGAUUGAGAGGAAGAAGUCAGAUCUUAGAAGAGACCUGAGAUAUUGUCUUAAGGAUGAUUCUUUGGCUGCUGGUAUACGUCAACUUCUGAAACAGCUUGGAAAGUCCAUCAAGAGGGAAGAGAAGGAAACUGUGAAAGAAAUCUUAUCAAGUGCUCAGGUUGUGCUUGCAACAAACAUUGGGGCAGCUGAUCCACUAAUUAGGCGGCUGGACACGUUUGAUUUGGUUAUUAUAGAUGAAGCUGGUCAAGCAAUUGAACCAUCAUGUUGGAUACCGAUAUUGCUCGGAAAGCGUUGUAUUCUUGCAGGAGAUCAAUUCCAACUUGCUCCUGUGAUCCUUUCUAGAAAAGCAUUAGAAGGUGGUCUUGGAGUUUCCCUACUGGAGAGGGCAGCAAGUUUGCAUGAUGGGAUGCUGUCUACAAAGUUAACAACACAGUACAGAAUGAACAAUGCCAUAGCUAGCUGGGCUUCAAAGGAGAUGUAUGAUGGAUCAUUAAUAUCAUCUCCAACCGUUGCUUCUCAUCUUCUGGUGGAUUCUCCUUUUGUCAAGCCCACAUGGGUUACACAGUGUCCGCUGCUAUUGCUUGAUACGAGAAUGCCUUAUGGAAGCUUGUCAAUUGGUUGCGAAGAGCAUCUGGACCCUGCUGGCACUGGCUCCUUUUUCAAUGAAGGGGAAGCAGAUAUCGUAGUUCAACACGUCUUCAGUUUAAUUUAUUCUGGUGUUCCCCCUGCAGCUAUUGCUGUGCAGUCUCCUUAUGUCGCUCAAGUGCAACUGCUUAGAGACAAAAUCGAUGAGCUUCCCAUGGCCACUGGCGUUGAGGUCGCAACUAUUGAUAGCUUUCAAGGCCGCGAAGCAGAUGCUGUGAUAAUAUCCAUGGUACGAUCGAACAAUCUGGGAGCUGUUGGCUUUUUGGGAGAUAACAGGAGAAUGAAUGUUGCCAUAACAAGGGCACGAAAGCAUGUAGCAGUUGUCUGUGACAGUUCAACUAUAUGUCACAACACAUAUUUGGCGAGGCUGCUUCGCCAUAUCAGAUACUUUGGCAAAGUAAAGCAUGUCGAACCUGGUAGCUUUUGGGAAUUUGGCCUUGGUAUGGAUCCAAUGUUGCCUACUGCCAGUUAAGUUGGGAAGAGUUAACCAAGACCCAAAUUUUUAAUGCUCGUCGUCCAGCUGAUGACGAACUGGGCGGAUUUUCAGACUGAUUGAUGCCCUGGUUUGACCAAGAGGACGAAGCUCGGGGUAAUUUUUAUUUGUAUAUAUAAUUCAAAGAAAACUUUGUGAAAGUGUACAUAUAUAUUCAUAUACAGCUUCAAUGUCUAUAUACAAUUCUUGAUUGUUUAACUCCUAUUUUCCCUUGUAUUUGAAACAGCAUGAAGAUUAUAGUUUCAAAUUCACUGACUGCAGGAGUUGUACAUA